UCACAGAAAAGACCAUCUAAAGAAUCACCUUCAGACUCAUGACCCUAACAAAAUGGCCUUCAAGUGUGAAGAGUGUGGCAAGAAGUACAACACCAAGCUAGGCUAUAAGAGACACUUGGCUCUUCAUGCAGCCACCAGUGGGGACCUUACUUGUAGGGUAUGUGCGCAGGAGUUUGGCGGUACUGAAGUUUUGUUGGAACACCUCAAAAGCCAUGCAGGGAAACCAACUGGCAAUACAAAGGAAAAGAAACAUAAGUGUGACCACUGUGAGCGUCACUUCUAUACCCGUAAAGAUGUGCGGCGUCACAUGGUAGUUCACACAGGCUGCAAAGACUUUCUAUGCCAGUUUUGUGCCCAGAGGUUUGGGCGGAAGGACCAUUUGACUCGCCAUACCAGGAAGACUCAUCCACAAGAACUGCUGAAGAGCAGGUUGCAGAAUGGUGACUCAGUGGGUCUCCUUGACCAGCUUUUUCCAUUCAGACUGAAGGAAGAUGCCAGCAUACUGUCACCUUUUCCUGAAAGGGUCUCCGUGCAGAAUGGGAUUUUAAAUAAUUCAGAAUCAGAGGAAUACAACUGUUCACAUCUUCAUUCCCAGCCAAGCUUACAAACUGCUCUUCCUCUUGAACCUUCUCCUCAUUUGCAAAGGAUGGGCUGUGCAGACAGCCUUCCAGCUGUCCAUCCCACACCGUGCUCAACAGCCAUUCCUGGCAACCUGAACCUUCAUCAGCCUAAUAAAUACGACCUUAGUUCUACCUCAUUUGCAGCAGGAUCCCUCAAGAAUCUCCCGAUAAAAGUAGAUGUUAAAGGUUACAAUGUGCAUCUUCUUGAGGACCUGCCGUUACCAGAACCUCAAUCUCUUCACAAAAUCAGUCUGGAAGAAGCGUCCUCAGGGCCUGCAGGGGAUACUAACAAGUACCCAGUGCACAAGGAGACAGAGGCAGCAGCUGAAACUACGAGCCUGCCUUUCAUGGAUCUCACUCAUGUGAUGAGUUUCUGGCAGCUUCCACCAGGUGACAACCAGAACACUACUGGGGACAUCACAAUGGCAUUUGGUCCAGAGGAACCAUCACACAGGCUGAAUGGCCUCGGCCAACAGCAAGGUGUUCAGCUAGCAACUGGGGGGAUGGCCAUAAAUCAGCUGCAUCAUCUUCCUCGCUCCUUUCCAUCCACUACAAAUUCUGUAACAUUGCCUCAUUUUCACCAUGCCUUCAAAUAACUCACUGUGGUUUGGGGUUUGUUCCUUCUUUUUUUUAAGACUCUCCUUCUUACUUAUAUCUGUUAGGAUGGGGUGGUUUUGCUUUUGUUCGGUUUUGUUUUGUUUUUAAGAAAA